CAUGACUUGUACAAGAACUUUUCGCAACACUCUGGUGCCAAUUUGCAUCAGGAUAAUUAUGCCUGAGCCAAUCGAUGUAAUGGGGUAUAUUUUAUGGUGGUGUUACGGUUAGUGGCGGAGCAUACCUAUGCUGACGCAUGAGAACCAACCGCUUCAAUGAAUUCAAUGAACAGCGGUAGAAAAAUGCUACCAAAUAACCUCCAUCAUCCAUAUCAUAGCAUUCGGAAUCUCGAAAGGGUAAUGGCUUUAUCCAGCCUCGUUAUAUGGGUUGGUAUAUACAAGACUGAUAUAUUUGCUAUUGAUUACGAUUGUUGUGUUUCCACAGAUGCUCUACUUAUUCUUUACUGACAUUGAAACAAAAUCCGAGCCACUUUCUAGCAUAAGAAGGACUAUGGUACUUCCCAUGACUUCUCUAGGAGGCGCAUUAUGCUCUGCCAAAUCUGCAAAACCCGAUUCGAAAACAUUGGGAAACCCACCCAACGUUGCCUAGAAAAAAAGCAUACUGUGAGACGCUGGCAAGAUGAUAUCGAAGGAACGAAUAUAAAUGAUUACAUCUGUGUACACGAGCAGCACCCGUUUGGUCACCAUCGUGAUGAGCUUUCUUUCAAGCGCUCUGCAGAGCAGGGUUGUAUUGUAUGCAGGGAUAUUGCCAUUAAUAGUGACCAAGAUGACCAGAAAACCGAAUUCCAUGGACUUGGAUUCUACACCACUUUCAAGUGUUCUCCGUGUGAUUUCGACAGUGAUAGGCUCAAUAUAACUAUUGAAUCAAACUCCGGGUCAACAAUGAUCGAACUCAUUCCAACAAUCCCAGCAGAAGUUAGCAGUGACUCUCUUCAAUACGGCGCACUCAAUUUCCAUCUUAAAACUUCGACAAAUUCGUUGCAGACAUGGUCUAUGAUAUCAGAUUGGAUGACGAAUUGUUCUUCGGGUCACGAAAGAUGCAAGAGCCAAGUUCAGAGUAAUCGAUAUAAACCGACCCGAUUACUCCAGAUAAAUAUCCGACGUGGUCCCUUUUUGCGAAGCCUUGAUACCUUUCAGUUAGUUUAUGGGAACCAAUGUCCCAGGGGUUCAUCCUAUGUCACUCUUAGUCACCGCUGGGGCAAGAAGCCUUUAGACAAUACACUCCGACUCCUAAAGGGAACUUCAAAAUCGUUGAAGAAGAGGAACCCAAUCGACAAGCUACCAGCGACAUUCAGGGAUGCGAUGUACAUCGCCCAUCGAUUCGGUAGUCAUUAUGUCUGGAUCGACCGGCUAUGCAUCUAUCAAGAUUCGCCAGAAGAUUGGCGUAACGAAGCCCAUACAAUGCGAGACGUCUAUCGAAAUGCCUCCUUUUGCAUCUCAGCUCUUAGUGCUGAGAGCGACGAAGGUGGUUGUUUUUUUGACCGCGACCCGGCACUGGUCACUCCUACACCCGUUCGUCUAAACGGAGUAAAGGGCACCUUCAGGGCAGAUACCGAAGACACGGCAUGGCGAACAACUUUUCAAGAUGAGCUUCUUCUCAAGCGGGGGUGGGUUCUUCAGGAAAGGCUCAUGUCUCCUCGUACCAUCUACUUCGGGAAGAAACAGGUAUACUGGGAGUGCGCAGAGCUUGAUGCAUGCGAGACACACCCGGUUGGUUUCAAGAAAUUCCCUUUUGUACCCAAUUCUUCCAAGUCCGACCUCGAGUUAUGGAAGCAGCUCAUCGAUGCGCCAAUCACUUUAAGUCCCGCCACGGACCGUCGAGUACAAGUAUUCGUGAGUUGGAGCGCUGCAAUAAGUGCCUAUUCGGGUACCGAAUUGACUUUUCCGAACGAUAAACUUGUAGCUGUGUCUGGGUUAGCACAGGACAUAAGACAGAAACUACAAGGCAAUCGACUUGUUCGACCUCAGUACUUAGCUGGACUUUGGAAAGACGUCCUUAUACAAACAUUGUUGUGGUAUGUCAGGUUGGGCACCCGUGCCAGAAGACCUAAGCUCUAUCGGGCGCCGUCGUGGUCGUGGGCUAGUCUAGACGGACGUAUAAUCAUGGCAGACGCGUUCUUCACAGAUAUGAUCAAGCUCAGCCGUCUUGUGUCUUUCAGCAUGGAAUACCUUGGCGGCGAUGAUACCGGAGAAGUAAAGAGUGGAUCGUUGACAUUAUCGGGACGAGUAUGCGUCGCGGAAACUGAGAGUUCGCCGAAUAACCAGUGCACAGUCAAGGCAUUCAGGAUACCCGGUGAUGAAGUGUUGGUUGGAUGUCAUGACAGCUUCUAUGGUCGGAAUCCAACAGUCAUUUUCGAUACUCUGGAAGAAUCGAGUGAUGUGCUUCAUUGCCUUUGGAUGAUUACCCAGCCGGCAGCAUCAGGAGGGUGGCAGGUAUCCGGGCUGGCCUUGAAUAAUGGAGUAAGGAGUACGUAUCACAGGAUAGGGAUAGUAUCCUGCUACUCCGUGGACAAGGAUUGUCUGGACGAAUUCAUUCACGAGUUUCCAUUCACGGUGGUAAAGAUUGUUUGAUACGAAUUAUUGGCAAUACCUACUUAUUUAGUGUCCGUUUUCUCUGGUUAGAAACUACCUAUACUUAGUACAUCCUGUGUGAAGUUUCAGACUUUUAUCACCAAAAAUUGAAAACCUUGU